AUGUUUGGCAACACAGCAGGCGCCUCUUCCACAGGCGGAACAGGCUUCUCUUUUGGGAAUUCCAACACUUCGAAGCCUGCAUUUUCCUUUGGGAACACGCAAAACAAUACUUCAGCUGGCUCCCAGCCCAAUUCUACAGGCGGUCUCUUUGGGGCCAAUAAUAACAAUACCACGGGAUCUACAAACAUCUUUGGCGCCAAUUCCAAUACAAGCAAUGCGUCAACUGGAUUUGGAAACACCAAUAACUCGACUUCUGGAGGAUUAUUCGGAAACAACACCUCCUCAGGUGGAUUAUUUGGCCAAAACAAUACGUCCACCGCACCAAAACCAGCAUUCUCGUUUGGCAAUAAUGCUAACAAUAACAAUCAAACCGGAGCCUCCACAAACACAGGUUUCUCAUUUGGAGGAGCUUCAAACACUCAAAAUAAUACGCAAACUGGCAACCAGCCUGGAGGGCUUUUUGGAUCCUCAAGCACUUCUGCUCCUUCCACAAAUACGGGCUUCUCUUUUGGAAAUACCAACAAUGCAGCCAAUAAUACGUCAAAUACAUCCAACAGUUUAUUUGGAAGUAAACCUGGAGGGCUAUUUGGGCAGCCGUCUCAAUCUACCGGCACAGGCUCUUCACUAUUUGGAGGAAAUCAGCAAUCAGGCUCAGGUGGCCUUCUGGGUAACCAACAGAAUAGCAGUUUAGGAGGCACAGGCAGUCUUUUUGGCAACCAACAGAAUACGUCCGGAGCAUCUGGAGCAUUAUUCGGGAACCAGCAACAAAACACAAAUCUCAACCAAUCUCAACCGCCUCCGUUAAACCCUAUGACUAAAGUGAGCGAUCUACCGGAAGCUUUUCAAAAAGAACUGGAGCAGCUGGACCAAUACAUCCAGACUCAAGUGGCUAUUGCCGAGCGACUAAAGAACGACGAGGAUGAACACAAAGAACUAAUUAGCAGCAUUCCUAGAGACAUUGAUUACCUUGAGAAACGUUACUUUUCUACUAACCAGGCUCUUAAUAGCGACCUGAAGUUCGUCGAAAGUUUCAAACACAAGACCCUCGAAAAUUUUGACAAUUGGGUCGAGAAAUUAAUCAAGGUCUAUUUACAGCUGACCAAUCCAAUGAUUCUGGGAAUGUCCAACAACGAGCAAGCAAAAUCUGCAGAUGGCACGGUAACACAAAUCAUUGGGGUUAAUGGAGUUAGGACUGCAGGCCUUUUGCAAUCACAGCCUUCCAAGUCGCAACAGCUGGAUAAAGACUCCCAUGUGAAUGUUCCGCAGAUCCUCAACAGCUACUACAGUGCCAAGAUUGAAGAGUUUAGACAAAACAUUGACAAAUACCAGUUGAUUCUGCAAGAGGUGGAAAAUUCAAUUAGCGAUCUAGACAAGGUUUCAUUAAGCGGAGGCCCGGCCAUUGGUUCAUACGGACUCGAUAUGAUUGUCAGCACAUUGAAGGAAGAAUUUCAGCUUUACGUGGAGCUGGCUAAUGAGUUUGCCGAAGUCCACCAUCAGGUUAAAAGGCUAGAUGACGGGUCAAUAUAGAUGUACAUUAUGUAUGCAGCGAAGGUAUGAAAUAUGCAGCGAAGUUAUGUCUUGGACCUGUGCUUUUUCUUUAUCUUCCCAUCUUUCACCUUGCCCUUCUUCUUAGAUUUAUGCCUAUCUUUCUUCUCUUUAUGUUUUCCCUGCUUUCUAUCUUUUUUACACUUCUUUUUGUUCGUCUUCGAAUUCUCACCCAGAUCAAAUAUCAUCAGUUGUUCGCUUCCUGUUCUAUCUAUUUCCUGUUCUUUUUUAAUCGUUCCUUGCAGCAGUCCUCCUUUCACGAACAUCUUGUACAGAGGUGACUGGUUUUUGGUAAAGUUUUUGAGCGACUGUUCAUCCUGAAUAAAACUAACAGCACCAUUUUUGCUCGUCACAUCCAGUGAUUUGAGCUGUCCGUCAAACAUCUUCUCCCACCAUGCCUCAGCCUGAUUACUCGUGUGUCCUAUUCCAAACGCAUUCUUCUUAUGCGUAACCAAGAUAGGUCUCUUCAGGCCUCCCUGCUGCAACGCUUCCCCCUCGACCCAUCCAUAGCUC